CCCAAGCAUUUAACUGUAGCGGUGCGCGGUGGAGAACUACGCGACGCGGCGCCCUCAGACAUUCUUCUCCCCCACAACACAACGCGCAUUUGUCCAACGGAGCUCUUUGUCUAACGUCUCUCGUGUCUCUCUCGUCGCUUCUUCGCCCGGCCAGAGGUUUCUCCUUCGCUGGAAGGAAAAAUUUAAGGUUCUUGAGGGGAGGCGAGAUAUGGCGAAGGCGGAGGGGGAGGCGGCGGCGCUGGAGUUCACGCCGACGUGGAUCGUGGCGGCGAUCUGCUCGCUCAUCGUGCUCAUCUCCCUCGUCGCCGAGCGGCUCAUCCACUACCUUGGCAAGACGUUCAAGAAGAAGAACCAGAAGCCGCUCUACGAGGCCAUCCUCAAGGUCAAAGAAGAGCUGAUGCUUCUUGGGUUCAUCUCCCUGCUGCUGACGGUGUUCCAGGGGAUGAUCCAGGACACCUGCAUUCGUCCUAGCUGGACAGUCCACAUGCUGCCAUGCCAAAGGGAGGAGGAGGUGGAGUCCACCAAGGAGCAUUCUGUUACGGCCCACAUCAUUGGCAGAAUCGGGAGGCGUCUGCUCAGUGAUGGAGCCGCGGGAGCCGAGCAUUGCCGUAAGAAGGGAAAAGUUCCAUUGAUGUCCCUUGAAGCUAUACAUCAGUUGCAUAUUUUCAUAUUUGUGUUGGCUAUUACGCAUGUUGUCUUCAGUGUUACGACAAUGCUCUUAGGAGGUGCAAAGAUACAUCAAUGGAAACAGUGGGAGGAUACAAUUCAGAAAGAUACUGCAGGAAACGGGCCUAAGAAGGUGACCCGUGUACAUCAAUUUGAAUUUAUCAAAGAACAUUUCAAGGGCAUUGGCAAAGAUUCCAGAAUAUUGAGUUGGAUACAUUGUUUUUUUAAGCAGUUCUAUGGAUCAGUAGGUAAAUCUGACUAUGAAACCAUGCGUCGGGGUUUUAUCAUGACUCACUGCCGUGGAAACCUCAAAUUUGAUUUCCAUAAAUACAUGCUGAGGGUUUUAGAGGCUGAUUUUAAGAAAGUAGUUGGCAUAAGCUGGUACUUGUGGGUCUUCGUGGUGAUCUUUCUGUUGCUGAACGUUAAUGGAUGGCACACAUACUUUUGGAUUGCAUUCAUCCCUCUCCUUCUUCUGUUAGCUGUUGGCACCAAGCUGGAGCAUGUCAUAGCUCAGUUAGCCCAUGAUGUAGCUGAGAAGCACUCGGCAAUCGAGGGUGAUUUGAUUGUAAAACCAUCAGAUGACCAUUUCUGGUUUGGGAGGCCAAGGAUUAUCCUCUUCCUAAUCCACUUCAUUCUCUUCCAGAACUCAUUUGAGAUUGCAUUCUUCUUCUGGAUACUGACUACUUAUGGAUUCAACUCCUGCAUCAUGGGGCAAGUUGGUUUCAUUGUGCCAAGGCUUGUCAUUGGGCUCAUUAUUCAACUUCUCUGCAGCUACAGCACCCUACCUCUAUAUGCAAUUGUAACACAGAUGGGGAGCUUCUACAAGAAGGAGAUCUUCAACGAUCAUGUGCAGCAGGGUGUCCUGGGUUGGGCUCAGAAGGUUAAGAUGAGAAAGGGGUUGAAGGAGGGCAAUGCCACAGCCGGACUGACGAACACCGUUGAUUCAGCAGGGCCUUCUGUAAAGAUCGAAAUGAUGAAACGAGCAGGGCGGGAAGGCAAUGAUGCCGGUGAAAUCAUAGAGUGAUGCGGUGACUAGAUAGAUUUUACAUUUAUUCCUUGAAUGCUGUGUCUUUUGGUGCUGCAGUGAUGCCGCUUAUUCAUGUGCUAUCAUUUCGUAGAUAGAUUUACAUUUACUCCUUGUGGCCGUACAAAAGUGUAUACAGAAGGAAUGAAAGAUUAGCAGUAACAAACCAUAUCGGUCUCGACCGGUAAAAAAAGUCGGUCCAAAAGUUAGUUUAAUCUUAAAAGGUUGCAAGAAAA